CAAGCAACAUGAAUAUCCGGCUAAAAGGUUAAAUAACGGUUAAAGCGUGCAAAAUUAUGUGAGAGCGCCACGCCCGCCAAAUUACCUGGACCCAAAAGAAUAAAAAAAACACAUCCGCCAGGUCGUUGCCAUGCUGCCGACAUACGAGCGUCUCAACGAUCCGAAAAAGGUCUUCUUUCGCCUUCCCUUUGCCCGGCUCUCGGUUAUUGCGCUCAGUUUACCGCUGGGCGCCUUCUGUUUCUGUGUGGUUUGGUCGCUGCUCAAUGAUUUUGUGCGCUCCACGUUUACACAUUGCGACGUGGCCAACUAUUUGCCAUCGGUCUCGGCGGCAAUUGGCAACUAUGAGCCACAGAAAACAGUCUGGCGUUUGGCAAUCUUUUUGCAUUUGCCACUGCGCCUGACGGUUGCCAAGAUGUAUUUGGGCUAUUACAGGGAGCACAUUCGACGCAAUCGUCGCAUGUUCGGCAUUGUCGCCUGCACCCUGAAUGUUAUCGAGGAUUUCGCGCUCUUCUCUCUGUCGAUGUGGACAUCGGCGGAUAACUAUGAGAUACAUCGGAAUUCAUUUGUGGUAUUUAUCGCAUGCAGCGAGUGCUAUAUGCUAAUCUCCUACCUGUUGAACAGGAGCGCCAGGAAGGUGGUCCUGCUGCCGCACGAGGAGAAAUCACUGCGCUACAAGCGCAAUCUUUUCCUAAUUAAUGUGAUCGCUUUCGCUCUAGCCGGCUACUGCUUUAUGCGGCACAAUGCUCGCUGCGAGGCGGGUGUCUACACAUUCUUUGCUCUGUUCGAGUAUAUUGUGGUGCUUACGAAUAUGGGCUUCCAUAUGACGUCGUAUUGGGAUUUUUAUGCAUUGACCGUUGUCUGCGAUGCCAGGAAUGGUAUCUAUUUAUCGAAUUUGUAGCUUGCCUGAGGAGAUUCUCUACGUCCAUGUUCAACGUCACGAUUCCGGCGUAUAUUCUGUACAUAUGCGGUAUUAGCUUAAGCUCAAAAGUUUACUUAAUUUUUUAAACCAAAAAAUAAUUGUCACUUAAAUAAGUAAAAUGAAAAAUGCAGCAGUCGAUUUAAUCCGACUAAAAAA